AUGGCUAAAUUGAAAAGACCAGUCGAUACUCUCACCAUCUAUUCCAGAAUCUUGAAAGGCGCACGAAUCCAAUACAAGGCGGUGACAAUUUGCUCGCCUCCCCCCGUCCAAAGCUUCGCGGGAUACAUACAUCUUCCCAUACAUUCCCUCGAGAGGGUCGGCCUCGACCAGAGUCGGCCUAUCAACAUAUUCUUCUGGUUCAUUGAGAGCGAGAAAGAUUCGAUCACAGCACCGUUGAACUUGUAUUUAAAUGGGGGACCAGGAGCAUCAAGCACUGCCUCACUCUUGAGAGAAAACGGACCAUGCCGUGUCAACGUAGACGGCAGAAGCACUCACACCAACCCCUGGUCAUGGAACCGGGCAUCAAACAUGUUAUUCAUUGAUCAACCGGUAAACACGGGCUUCAGCUACGACAUGGCAGCAAAUGCCACCGUCGACUAUCGGGGCCAUUACAUGCUGCAAGACUUUUCAGACACGGAAAUGCCGCAAGACGGCCGGCUGAUGGAAGCUUCCACGGUAGGAGCAGGCUCUGUUGACAACGAAACGGCAGUAAACUGCACCGAGGCCGCGGUUCGUGCCCUCUGGUUGUCUCUCUCCAUAUGGCUCAAAGACUUUCCCAGGCCGGCCUCGCGGGACAACAGCAUUGGGCUCUGGACGGCUUCAUACGGCGGUCAUUACGCUCCGGCCUUGUACGAUUUUGCCAUGCAGCAAAACGCCAGGCAAGACACAGACCCCAAAGUGUCAUUCCACACAAUCGGCCUCAUCAAUGCGUGUGUCGACGCGCUUGUGCAGCUGCCUGCGUAUCCAGACAUGGCGUACAACAACACGUAUGACUAUCAGCUGAUCGACAAAAGUACCCUGCUAUCCGCCAAAGACGCAUGGGAGAGGCCGCAUGGCUGCAAAUGGAGAGUAGAGCGAUGCCGCAGAGCUGCUGGAGCGCGGCCGUAUCUGGGAAACGACGACGGCACAAACACUCUCUGCCGCGACGCCAACGCAUUCUGCGGGCGACAUGUUGCCAACAUCAUAGGCGCCAGCGGGAGGAACUUCUUUGACAUUGGGCAAAGUACUCAUCAUCUCAGCGACCCGGGCCUGCACACGUACCUGAGCUACUUGCGGCAGACGGCGGUCCAGCAUGCCCUCGGCGUCCCUGUCAACUUCACAGACCAGGCCACCGAGGUCGCCAGAGCAUUCACCGAGACCGGGGAUAAUGUGAGAGGCGACUACGCGGCGUCUUUGGGCCGCGCCUUGGACAAUGGCGUGCGUGUUUCUCUGGUCUACGGGGACCGUGACUACGCCUGCAACUGGCUCGGCGGCGAGGCACUGUCGCUCUCGUUUCCACACAAACACGCUGAUGCGUUUCGCCAUUCUGGCUUCCAGAGCAUCCGUCUCCCGGCCGGUGCAGAAGAUGGCGUCGCGUAUGUACGACAGCGCGGCAACCUUUCCUUUGUCCGUGUGCUGGACUCGGGUCACACGGUCAACACGGCAUGGCCGUCUGUCGGGUUCACCGUCUUCAACCGCACGGCGCGCCGAGUAGACGUGAGCACCGGGUGCGUUGACCUGGACCAAGUUGACUACUCGACCAAGGGAAGCACUUCCACCUGGCACGUCAGGAAUGCGCUCCCCGUUGAAGCGGUAAAUGGCGAGGGAAUGUGCUACACCCUUGCCCUCUCCUUCUGCUCCCACAGGCAACUGAAUGCCUACCUGACGGGAUCGGCCGUUGUGCAAGACUAUUGGAUUGUGGACUACGGCGACGGUACGUGUAGCCCAAAUCCAGUACGGCCGUGUAAGCCGCCGAUAUACGAAAAGUCAUUGCUGCCACACGAUUGGAUAUCGCGACAGGUCCUAGGCAGUGGCUGGGCCGACGUGACCUUUGUCAUGUCCGUCGUCAUUAUCGUGGCAUUUGCGGCCUGGACGCAUCUCCCCACUGGCUAUACCUAG